AUGGAGAGCAAGUACGGAUCUACCCCGGUCGCCCCCCGGACCACGCUCAAGAAGAUCGCUUCCCACAUCACACUUCUGGAGCCUCUCUCUCGGCGUGGCCAGGGCCCGGGUCUCGUGGUCCUCGUUCAAGAAAGUGGAUUGAUCGACGAUGCAUCCACCACUAGGAUCGAACGCGGUAUACCGUCUCCCUCGAUGAAGUGGGCAGAAGAGAGCUACACUGUCGUCGAGAUCACCCAGCUCGCAUUGGAGCACGAGCCUAGUGCACUCAAGUUAGCACUCGCAGGGCUGGAAGGGUGCCACACCACGGUACCGAAGCAUUCUGUUGGAAUUAUCUGCUACAGCCCUGAGCUUUGGAACCGUGUCGCCUCCGACCUGGCAUCAUAUCCACAGAUCGCCGGCGCCGCUAUCUUCGCCGAUGCCGCUGGGCGUGGAUCCGAGCCGCUGAAGGCAGCUACAGUCUCUCAGAUGCAUCAUCUCGCAGGAACAGCAGUCACACCUCUGGCACGCAGUAAAAAAUGGUUGACAGCCUAUGAAUAUCCGACGGCAGGCUCAUUCCUUUUUGCUACACCGUUUCAGCCAGAGUUUGCAUACAACUCAGAGUCCUUAUCGCAUACGCGCAAUCUGACGUUCUUCAAGAACCUCAUGGGCGGUCCAUACUUCGACCUGGAGGCCAUUUGGGACGAGCACACCUAUUACGAGUUCGACAACCGCUCCGUGGAAUGCACCAUGGCCACAAUGGUCCAGGAGCCCUACGUGAACCACAUCCCUACACUCACCGGCGGUAUUGGCCGCGAACAACUUACGGCGUUCUAUCGAGACCAUUUCAUCUUUCAGAAUCCAGCGGAUACCGAGACCGAGAUCAUAAGCCGCUCAGUCGGCAUCGAUCGGGUCAUUGACGAGUUCAUAUUCAAGUGCACCCACAACUCACGCAUCGACUGGCUGCUGCCCGGGAUCCCCCCGACGGGACGCAAACUAGAGAUUCCUUUUACAGCGGUAGUCAACAUCCGAGGAGACCGCCUGUACCACGAGCAUAUCUCUUGGGAUCAGGCGACUGUUCUGACCCAGCUUGGCCUCUUACCUCCUAGCCUUCCGUUCAGUAUUCCAAUCCGCAGUGAACAGCCGCCCGCUUCUGGGAUGAGGUUCUUGUUCCAGGUGCCAGCUGCUGGGGUGCAGGCUGCGCAGAAGCUACGUAACAAGGACUUUUGCGAGUCGAACAAGAUGAUUGAGUUUAGUUUGUUAGAAGUACAAGAGUCUUGA